AUGCAUCUCACGCAGACGCUCCUCUCGUCCGCGCUGACGGUGCUGUCUCUGGCCGCCCUCACAAAUGCCCAAAAUACGACGACAACCGCUGGAGGCUCGGCGCCGACGGUUGGCGCCGCGGAGCCCUACAAACUGCAGACUCCGCCUCUCGACACGGAAUGGACGUCCCAGGUCGGCACGAAUCCGUGGCCCGAACACCCGCGGCCGCAGCUGCGCCGGGAGAACUGGCUCAACCUGAACGGCAUCUGGACCUUCCAGGCCGCGAGCGGACACAAAGAUGUCAGUCACCCGCCCGCCGGGAGCACACUAGACCGCGAGGUCCUCAUCCCCUCGUGUAUCGAGAGCGGGUUGUCAGGGAUCCAGGAGCUUGAGGUUCCUCACUUUUGGCUGGCAAGGACCUUCCAAGUGCCCAAGAACUGGGGGAACCAGUCGGUACUUCUCCACUUCGAGGCCGUCGACUACGAAGCCACCGUGUUCAUCAACGGCAAGAAGGCCGCGUUCCACCGGGGAGGGUAUUUCCGCUUCACGGUCGACGCGACGCAGUAUCUUAAACCCGGAGGCAACAACACUUUGCUUGUGUUUGUCUUUGACCCCACAGAUGAGGAGGGAUACGUCGUCCCAAUCGGCAAGCAGACGAGGACGCCUUCGCACAUCUUCUACCGCUCAUGCUCUGGCAUCUGGCAGACGGUUUGGUUGGAGAGCGCGCCGCAGAACCACAUCACGCAACUGGAUGUCGCCGCUGACCACAAGGGACACGGCAAGUCACAUCCAAGGAAUCUAAGCGUUCUUGUCCACAGCUCCUCAAACUCUUCGUCGCAAGUCCAGAUCGCCGUUGUCGACAAAAACGGCAAGACGGUCGGGCAGGGCACCGGGAACUCCGGGACCGCCUUCAACUUUACCGUGUCGUCGCCCAGCGUUUGGUCACCAUCGACCCCUAAUUUAUACAACAUCACCGUGAGGCUCGGAAACGAUAACGUUACGAGUUACACCGGCUUCCGCACCAUCUCCACCGGAGUUGUCAACGGCAUCAAGCGCCCUCUGCUGAACGGCGAAUUCAUCUUCAUGUUCGGCACCCUUGACCAGGGAUACUGGCCUGACGGACUCCACACACCGCCGAGCGUGGAGGCCAUGACCUAUGAUCUGAAGAUUCUCAAGAAACUGGGAAUGAAUAUGGUCCGCAAGCACAUCAAAAUCGAGCCCGACUUGUUCUAUCACGCCUGUGACCAGCUCGGUCUGCUUGUCAUCCAGGAUAUGCCGAGCAUGACAGCCAACUCUGGACGUCUGCCAAACGCCGAACAGCAGGCCGAGUUCGAGCGCCAGCUGCAGAUUAUGAUUGAGGAGCACAAGAGCUACACCAGCAUCGUCACCUGGACCAUCUAUAACGAGGGUUGGGGCCAGCUCCGAAACGCGCCGUACCCCGAGGCCAAGCUCGUCGACGUCGUCCGCAGGAUCGAUCCCACUAGACUUGUCAACGCCAACAGCGGCUGGUUCGAUCACGGAUUCGGUGACUACUCAGACAACCACCACUACGCCAACCCCCAGUGCGGCACGCCCUUCUACUCGCUUGCUUCCUCUCCUUACGACAAGGCCCGCAUCGGAUUCCAGGGCGAGUUCGGCGGCAUCGGACACAACGUCUCCAUCGAGCACCUGUGGAAUGUGCAGCAGGCCAUCGACUCCAUUAACCAGACGUACGAGAUCGACGAGACCCUCGAGGCCUACAACUACCGCGGCCGCGUACUCCUCAGGGAGUUCCGCGAGCAGGUCGAAAUGUACGCGUGCAGCGGCGGCGUCUGGACGCAGACGAGCGACGUCGAGGGCGAGGUCAACGGCCUGGUCACGUACGACCGCCGUGUCCUCCGCCCCGACCUCGCGCAGUGGCAGGUCGAUAUCCAGAGCUUGUUCGACGCCGCCAAGUCCCGGAGCGGCCCCGUGAAUGCUACCAUGUAA